AUGGUGUGCGUGAAAAGAUUGAUAUUGCUUGGAGUCAUUGUAGUGAAACUAAAGGUGCAGAUGGAAAAAAACAAUAUAGAUGCCUACAUUGUGGGCUUAGCUUUCCUGAAAUCUGUUGAUGCUUCUGAUAUUACAAAGGAUGCGAAGACACUUUGUUCACUAUUUGUUGAAGUUGUAGAAUGGGUAGGCCCACAGAAUGUUGUGCAGCUUGUAACAGAUAAUGCUGCAAAUUAUAAAAAGGCCGGUGAAUUACUACAUGAAAGGUUUGGCAACAUUUAUUGGUCUCCAUGUUCAGCACACUGUUUAAAUCUUAUUCUUAAAGAUUUUGGGAACAUGCCUCACAUUCAGGAUCUUGCCCAAAGAGCUUCAAAAGUUACAAUUUUCAUCUACAAUCAUGUCUUUAUUCUAGCUUGGCUAAUAAAAAAAGAAGGUUGGAAAGAGAUUAUUAGGCCUGGAGCAACUAGAUUUGCUACAACUUUCAUCACUUUGAAAAGCAUAUCUGAACACAAGCAACAUUUACAGGCAUUUAUAACAAGCAAAGCAUUCUUUGAAUCAAAGAUUUCCAAAACAGUCAAAGGGCAAGAAGCAUCAUCUAUUAUUUUGGAUAAUCAAUUUUGGAAUGACUGUUUGGUAAGUUCCAAAUUGACUGGGCCUUUAAUUCGAUUAUUGAGAAUUGUGGAUUUGGAUAAAAAACCAUCAGUAGGAUUUCUUUAUGAUGGAAUGUACAGAGCAAGGAGAGCAAUCAAGUUAAUGUUUAGGAAUGUCAAAAGGUUGUACAAACCUUACACAAGUAUUAUAAAGAGGAGAUGGGAUAGUCAGCUAAGACAAGGUAUACAUUGUGCAGCAUAUUUUCUUAAUCCACAUUUUCAGUAUGAUAAAGAUAAUUUUUGCCAAAAACCUGAAGUACUGCAAGGUUUAACUGAACUGAUUGGAAAUAAAGAUAUAUGUCCUAAACCAACAGUAACAAUGAAUGAAGUUAGGCUUUUCCGUGACAAUUUGGAAAGUUUUGGGAAACCAAUUGCUCUAAGGAUAGCCAAAGAAAUGUAG